AACAUACCUAAUACGUUGUUUUAUAAUGUAGUAUGCAUACUUAUUUAAGUAGUUUUCUCACAAAUAUCAAACGUUUAUGAGAUUAUACAAAAUUCAAGAGCUACUGAAACAUGGUUGGAAACGAAAUAAAUGAUGUCAACGAGACGAAAAUCGAAACCGGUAACAAUCCACACCAAGACUGCAGCAGGGAUAUAAAGUCUGUCAAGUCCGAAACUAGCAUUCCUGUGGAGGGCCCAAAAGAAGCGUCCUCUGCAGUGGAGCGAGUGAAGUUUGACUUGGACGAUCAAGACAGCAUAUUCUCCAGCGAAGGCGAGGAGAAGAUUCCCCCUAUCCCGGACGGGGGGUGGGGUUGGGUGGUGGUGUUCGCAGCCUUCACCACGUCGGCCUGCGCGGACGGACUCGCCUACUCCUUCGGCGUCCUACACGAGGAAUUCACCAACUACUUCGAGGAGUCGCAAUCUAAAACGUCCCUUAUCGGGAGCCUGUUUAUAUCGCUUCCCCUGAUCUCCGGGCCGAUCAUGAGCGCGCUAGUCGACAGGUACGGGUGCAGACUCAUGACGAUAGUGGCCAGUAUCCUAUCUACGGCAGGGUUCCUGCUGGCAUCGCUGAGCAAUUCCGUCGAAAUCCUGUGCCUGACUCUGGGCGUUAUCAGCGGACUUUCGAUGGGCAUCUUGUACGUGACGUGCGUCGUUUCCGUGGCGUUCUGGUUCGACAAGCGGCGGACUCUCGCCGUGUCGCUGGCCUCGUGCGGCAUCGGCUUCGGGACGCUGGUCUACUCGCCGAUGACCAGCUACUUCAUUCAGCUGUACGACUGGAGGAACACCCUCGUUUUACUAGCUGGAACCAUUCUGAACAUGUGCGUCUGCGGCGCGCUCAUGAGGGACCCGGACUGGUUGAUCGUCAAGGAGAAAAGGGAGAGGAAGCGAGAAAAGGCGAGGUCCCGAAAGUCCUCGAGUGCGGGAUCGAUCUCGUCGCGGUCUAUGGACUCGGUCUACCUCACGGCCGAGGAGCUGAACGACCUGCUCAAGAGCGGGAGAAGCCCGGAGUACAUCCUGGCGACCCUGACCACGUCGCUGGCGGUGGCCGAGCAGCUGGAGGCGACGACGCAGAUGAACGCCGAGCAGGCGCACAAGAGAAUCAACUCCGACGUCGACCUGCCGACAUAUUUACGACAAAAUGAAAGGGUGCCAGCGGAGGUGAUCGACAAACUUAUGUCGAACAAGUCUCUAUACAACAUCCUAGUUCACAACUACUCGCACAUCAUCAGCAGACGGAAAUCUGACGUUGAAGCUCCGGCGAACAUCAACAAACGAGUGUCACUGAAAGUUACACUUUUAGCGGAAAAACCAAAAGAGAAGAAUGAAGUACAAAACCACGAAAUUACCGAGGAACCUAAUGUUGCUAAUGGAACAACAACAGUGGAAGACAAAGCUAAAUCUGUGAAACGGGACUCAAAACGUGAGAUAGAGAAGCAGCCAAAAGUAUCGCACGGAUGGUUCUCUCAGUUGUCGACCGACCACUCCUACUUCAGGAACAUGCCGCUAUACAGAAACACGAUUAUGCAUCGUAGUGCCAUGAUGAACAUUCCCAAGUACAAGCUCCGAGCGGCCUCGCUGCCCGACAUCUACAGGAACUCCACGUGGUCGCUACAUUCUGAUACCGAUGAUGAAAAGAGAUGGUACACCCGGAUAUCGGACGCGUUCAAAUCCGUGUUCGAUAUUCGAAUGUUCACCGAGUUCCACUUCCUGAUGUUCAACGUGGCGUCGCUGAUCCUGUCCGUGUGGGCCAUCAUACCCUACUUCUACCUCAAGUCAUACAUGACGGAUAAUAAUAUUGAGGGCGGUGCGUUCAUGAUUAGUAUCAUCGGUAUAGCGAGUGCGGUGGGGAUUGUGGUCCUCGGCUGGGCGGGCGACCAGCCCUGGCUGAACGUGACGAAGGCGUACGCGGUGUGUCUCUGCGCUUGCGGCGUCUGCGUCGGCGUCUACCCGCUCGUCCGCAACUACUGGGGUCUCGCGGCGGUGUCCGCUCUGUUCGGCCUCACAUACGCCAGCUCCUACUCCUACACCCCCGCUAUACUCAUCGAGCUGGUGCCGAUAGAUCACUUCACGGUCGGCUACGGGUUUAUUCUGCUGAGCCAGGGGUUAGGGCAUCUGCUUGGACCACCUCUAGGAGGCCUGCUAUACGACGUGACGCGCAGCUGGGACGCGACGUUCUACGCGGGCGGGGCGUGGCUCGCGGCGGCGGCGGCGUGCGUCGCCGUCAUACCGUACACGCGCAACGUGCGCCUUUGCGGCCGCGCGCCGCUACUCAACGACGACGCUCAAACUACUGUCAAUGUGUAAAAUAUAAAUAUACCCGCUUAUUUCGGUAAUGAGUUUAUCUGUUAGGGAGGAAGAAGACCUUUUCUGUUAAACAUAAUUGUUGAUUGGUCAAACAUUUUGGCGUAAGCGCUUAAAAAUAAAUUAAAUCCAGUCAGAAAACGUUCGAAACAGGGCAUUACUAAAGAAAUUAAAGAGG